UUAAAUUAUUAGUGUGUGAAAAUAGAAGAAAUAUUGCUUUCAAAAUGUCUUUCCUGAUGAGAAUAGUGAGAAAUUUCACCGUGCCUAAAUACCGAACUAACAUAGUAACACUGCAAAGUUUACAAAAAAAUUCCAGAAAAAUUCAUUGUAGCUCACAUUUGUGCGUGAGAAUGUUUAUGGAGCACGAAAAUAAUUACGCAUAUAGUAUAUUAGAGAACAAAGGGUAUGCCAUUAGCUUAAAAAGCGAUACAUCCAAUAAUUGUUUAAGUGAGCAAGAAUUUCAAGAAGCUCUUAAAUCCAACUGGUCGAAAAAAUCUCAUAAAGAAAUAUUUGAUUAUUUUCAAAAAUUUGCUUCAUAUUGUACGGAACACAAGUUAUGUAUUUCUGACCAAAUAUUUGAUACAUACAUAGAUAGUCUCACAGACUGUAUUAAACUUGGUACCGAUGAAGAGUUAAAAACAUUAUUCUACACUCUGAAUAAGUGGCCGGAAACACCAUCUAUCAGGACGCGGAAUAUUAUAGAAGUAUGGGCAGCACUGGAUGAUGAGUGCCUGAGCCGGCUAAAGAAUUGGUCUUAUGAUGAGUUACUAACUUUCUUAUCAUUAUUUUAUAUGAUAAAUGUCAUAAGAUAUAGUGACUACUGCAUGAAAGCUUUACAGAAACUGUCAUCUAAGGCAAAGAAUUUAACACCAGCUCAACUUGUGCAAACAUUAUUCUUUAUUGGAAUAUGGAGAAAAUCUCCAUUUGAUAUGCACAAUUUAGAAGUUGAAAUAAAUAAGAAAUAUUCUCAAUUUACAAUUGAUGAAUUGGCUAUAAUGUCUAUGGGAUACUUUAAAAGUAAAACACCAAUAAGGGAUCCAGAGUUAGUACAGAAAAUUAUCAACACAGUCAUAGACAAUUCAAAAACCAUUCAUGAAGUAUCUUUGGCAGCUUUAUUGAAACUAAUUCGCUACUCCUCAAAGUCAGUCUUGGAUGACAGAAUAAACAGGCUACUAGAAGCUUUGCAGCAUGAAGUGCCACGUUUAUCUGUAAUGUGCAAUGUACAUAUGGCUCUAGUUGGAACUUCUACAUUAAAUUUACACAAACAAUGUUUAAAUAAUAUUGCUGCAAGAGUUAUAAAAUCCAUGCCUGACACUAGGGUUAAAGACCUAGAAAGAUUAGUUCUAACCUAUGGCACAUUUGGAUUAAGACCUGACACAGAAGAAUGUUUCUUCACUAAAGUAAUUGAUGAAUUACGAAAGCCUGAAAGAAUAACAGAAAUUGAAAAACAUGGCAGAUCAUUUGCAUGCUGUGUAGGAUACUUCACACUUUUAGGUAUUUACCCAGUGGAUCUAAUAAAAAAAGUUCUAAGUCCAGAAUUUAGAGAACAGACAUAUGGGAAGUACUGCUUUAACUAUGGGAGAGAAAUUUUGACUUUGAACAAUGUGGCUGAAAUAUACUGUAGUGAUGCAAAAAUUAAUCUUCUGGAAAAUAAACAAAAAAAAAUUUUAGCAAAAAAGUAUACAGAUUAUGUGCCAAAUGAAGAGUAUGUUAAACAGUACAAUGUAGCUGAACAAAUGUUUUUGGAUAUAAUGAAGGUCUUGAGGGAAACUCGUGGGGGUGAUGAGUAUGUUGUUGGUGACCAUAUCUUGCCUCAUUAUCAAAGAGGAGAUAUAAUAAUUUGCAAUGAUCAUAGUGGUACUCCUGUUCCAGUUAAAGGUGUUUUUUCAAGUUCUGACUUUGGUUUAAUAAGACAGCUUCCUGAUGAUAAGACUUGGAUAGUCUUAGUGAUAGCUGGUAGAAACGCAAUAAUACAUGGUACAGAUAAUGCAACGGGAUUCUUUUCUAGUAAAGUCAGGGACCUUAACACAUUAGGUUAUCAUGGAGUACUAGUUCCUUGGAGUCAAUUCUCUAAGUUAAGAACUUCAGUAGAGAAGUCAUUGUUCCUGAAUAGUUUAAUUGAUAAUGCUGUAAAUAAAAAUAAAUAAAUCAUUAAAACACCUCAAUGACUGGUUUUUACAUUAGGUCAAUCCCCAUCAAUCAUAAAAUCCCAACAUUCAGAAUUUAUGAAAGUAUCGAUUUUGAUUUGCAUCUACCUACAUCACUAGAAGUACUAUUGUAAAAAAUUCGCAGAGAUACUAACACCACCUUUGGUACUCUGUAUAUUAAUUAUUAUUUAACUUAUAGACGCAUAUAAUAAUCGCCAGACCUACUCUUACAGUUAUUAAAUUCAUUAGAUCUUAUUAUUUAAAUUCUUCAGUACUACUACUACAGUAACGCCAUCCAGAACGACGAUAGGUUUCCCUAUAUUUAUUAUACUCAUUGUUCUCUCCUUAUAUAUAUUUUAAUAACAUACUAUUAUUGAAC